AUGAUUGUGGCAGUAGUCCUCGGCGUUUCCGCAGCAACUCAUAACAAUGGGCAGGGAAAUGCAGCCGCCACGCUGCACAAAGUUAGCGUCAUCAUCUUUUUCGUUCUCACAGUUCUUCAAGCAUUCCAAACAAUAUUGUUGGUGAGGAUGGAGUCUGGAGGCAAGAACCAAUAUCUUGAAGGGCAAAAAAGCCUUGGAAAGAAACACGGACUGAUAAUACUAUUGGGUAUCUCAGCACUUCUCCUUGUCCGCGAAGGAUUCUCCCUCGCCACCAUAUCGAGUUCUACAAAGCAAGAUAAUGAACAUCUCUGGUAUCCCCUGUUAGCACUUCCGGAGAUCCUUGCGGUAGUUUUAUAUGCUACUCCCGGGCUUGUGCCAAAGCGUGAUGAGCUUCCCUCUCCCCAGCAAGUCUAA